CCAAUCCGGUUUCAGCUAGUUCUAGUACUGGUCGAACAUUUACGUUAAGUUACAGACUGUUCUGGAGGUGUAAGCUGAGGUGUAGGGUUCAUUCAGUUUCCUAAACUGUGAAAGGCUGUAUUAUUCUUUUAUCUCUGCCGCACUACCUAAGCCACAAUGGGAAGGAAAAAAUCUACCAGUGAAGCAGAUGCAAGUGCAGAGCCAAGGAGAAAGUCUCAAAGAUUGUUAGACAGAGAGACAGAGCCAAAAGAACAGCCAGAAAAGAAAAAGACACCCCCUAAGACCAAAAAGGCGAAGGAGGCAGUAAAGGCCAAGCCAGAGGAGGAGAAGAAAGAAGAACCUCAGGCAGAGAAAGAAGAGGCUCCUGCAGAAAACGGGGAGGCCAAGGCUGAGGAGCCGGCAGCAGCAGCAGAUGAAGCAGAGGAAAAGGAGGGCAAGGCCGGAGAGGGGGAUAAAACAGCUGAGUAGUAGAGGAGUCCUGAUAUCCUCUUGCCAACGCUCCCUGUACCUCUUGUACAAUGCAGAGAUUAUUUUUUAUCUCCUAUUUUCAUAAGACAGCAAUGUUUUUAGGGACGCAGAAAUGCAUUUAAACAGAUACUUCAAAUUCCAUUUUUCACAGCUUCUGUGAAGGGAAAGUUUCAGUCAUUGGGUUUUGUUUAUUUUUGUUGUUGUUGAUGUUUUCAUUGUGCUUGUGUUUUUUCUGUAUCUCUGGCUUCUUAUUUUGCCUUUUAAGUUGUAGUUUUCCGCAUGACAUGCGGUCAUGCCUAUAUCAGGAAUUUGUUCAAGUCUGGGAGAGACAUUCCCGAGGCAUCUUGAGGCAUUUUUUUUUAACCUGUACUGUUUUUUUGAAUUUAACACAUCGUAAUACUGUGUGUUUGAUAGGGAAUAGGACGAUUGAAAGUUUGAGAGUUGUGGCCUGUGCUAAGUAAGUGUUUGCAACGUUCACUUUAAUCAUGUCACUAGUACUGGAAUUGCUUUUUUUUUUUCAUGCAGUCAGUGAUGGUACAUUUGUGGACGGUUAAACUGAUCCACACUCUCAGCUGUGCUCAAAACAAAAUGUAUUACAGAGUUAAUCACACUUGUCAUGCUGUUUUCACCUCAGUCGGCAAAAUGUAUAUGCCACAAAUUUGUGGAUAUUUCUAUUGUGGUUUUGGGAUUUCUCUACCAAUGUACAGUUUCCUCCUUUUUAAAAAAAAGAAAAAGAAAAAAAUGUUUUCUUUAUGAAUGGUAUAAAAUGCCAAUUAAAGUGAGAAUUUCUCUUAUCUGA